AUGUCGAGCACCGUGGGUAGCGCCGCAAGCAACACCCUCAUUGGCACGCCGAGCAUUGUAGGCUACGAUCAGCUCAAGCAUCAGCCGGGACAGGGCGAGAACGCGGUCAUAUUCCAGCUGGUCAUCGACCUGAUGGAUCCGAGUACGCGCGAAACGGCCCUGCUCGAGCUCAGCAAGAAGAGAGAACAAUAUGACGAGCUCGCUCUUGUGCUCUGGCACUCAUUUGGGGUUAUGCCCGCUCUCCUCUCUGAAAUCAUCUCUGUGUAUCCGCUCCUCUCCCCGCCGAAUCUUACGGCUCACGUCUCAAACCGCGUUUGCAAUGCUUUGGCUCUUCUCCAAUGUGUCGCAUCCCACUCUGAGACCAGACAACUCUUCCUCAACGCCCACAUACCUCUCUUCCUCUACCCGUUCCUGAACACCACAUCCAAGACCCGCCCGUUUGAGUACCUCCGCCUCACAUCGCUCGGUGUCAUUGGCGCCCUCGUGAAACAGAACGACAACAGCACCGUCAUCCACUUCCUGCUCUCCACGGAGAUCAUUCCGCUCUGCCUCCGUAUCAUGGAGACAGGAUCCGAGCUGAGUAAAACCGUGGCGAUCUUCAUCGUGCAAAAGAUUCUCCUAGACGAAACGGGUUUGACGUACAUCUGCCACACCUACGAGCGUUUUUACGCCGUAGGUACCGUGCUGUCCAACAUGGUCUCCCAACUCGUCGAUACGCAGGCCGUCCGCCUCCUCAAGCACGUCGUCCGCUGUUACCUGCGCCUCAGCGACAACCUCAGGGCCCGCGAAGCUCUGCGCGCUUGCCUUCCAGAGCCCUUGCGCGACAAUACGUUUGCCGCCCUGCUGAAGGGCGACAUGGUCACAAAACGCUGUCUCACCACGCUUCUGAGCAACCUCAACGAGAUGCCAAUGUAA